UGAGGAGAAGACGCGGGAGGAGGCACACAGGAUUUAUUCAGUUGGCCGCUUCUUAUGUGCAAUCCAGUGUAGUGUAGGAGGCGGAGAGGGAGCAUAACCCGGUGCUUAUGUUUAUGUGUUAGUGUGUGUGUGUGUGUAAAGUGUUGGCUGUGAACAGAGAAAACAACUCCGAUGCGGGAAUUGUGUGUCGAAAGAAUCGCCAUGAGCACAAGAGUUGCUUUGCCGAUGCACACGGGCUGCUGCACUAUGUCGGAGCUACGGCGUCAGCUCCUCCCCAGCCCCCCACCUACCCAGGACCGCACUGCCCAUGUUCGGAGAAACCUGUUUGGACCGAUAGACCGCGACGAAAACCUCAAGUUCGCGCAGGAUGAGAUGAACAAGGUAUCGCAGGCCAGCUGCAAGCGGUGGAACUUUGAUUUCAAGGCCGAGAAGCCGAAAGAAGGCCGCUACAACUGGGAGCCUGUUGGUGAAGCCGUGCCACAGGCCUAUGAGAUGCCUAGACUCACUGCUCUCACCACACACGCCACAACCACACCUCACACCACCAUAACCGCACCCAAACCCGUGCAUAAAACUGUACCUGAGUGUUCGAGCUCGACCAAGAGCGAACAGCAACCCUCCACGUCGAGCACGCCCGUCACGGGGCCCGACACACCCACGCCCACCACAACCAGUACAUCCAUAUCAACUGCCAAACUGCCCACUCCCGCUGGAAGCAGUAAAGCAUCGCCAGCCAGCCAGAGCAUACGGAAAGCAGUAAAGCUGGACAGAAGAGAAAGCAGCAGGAAGAAAACUAUAGCCACGACGAGAAUUACAAGGAAAACUGCCCAGCCUCCAGUAACAGAUUACCUGAGGAUCCGCAAGAGCAAGCGGCCGGCGUCCAAGCUGGAGGAGGACCCGCCGCCCGCCCUCGUCAAGCGCACCAAGACCACGUCCUCGUAAUGGCUCUCGGUCCCCGCGCCGCCGGCCAGCGCCACUGCCUCCGCCGCCGACUCUCCCCCGCCACCGCGCCACUCCAGCGCCGCCUGACGCCUGCUCGCGGCGGGGCGACAGGCAGGAAUGCCACAGUGCCAAGGGCUGUGUGUUUGGCACCGAGGGCGGCCCGGGAGAGGAAGGGGCGACCAGGGUCAAGACGCCAGGAAUCCUCGACGGGCGUGUGUGUGUCUGCGUGUGUCUGUGUUCCCAAGUGGCUCCCUCGCCGCCCUUGGUCUUCGGCCGUCAAGAUCUCACGCUUCUGCCUUCCCCGGGCCUGGUGGCGCAGAGGCGGCCGCGGCGGGCGGUGGGCGGGCGGCGGCGGGCGCCUCCGAGGUGCGACGUGCGAGCGGCUCGGUUGUGUUGCGGCGGCGGUGUUUCUGGUGCUCAAGACAUUAUAUACACACUGGGAGAGACACUUGAGUGAAGUGAUGGUCUGCUUGUAGCGCCGCGCCGAGCCCGCACGCCCGCACGGCCGCCGGCGACCCGCCCGCCCUCCCCCGCCUCCCCGAGUGGCCGGGGACUUCCACAAAACUCCAUGAUCUCACUGUUUGAACAUUGUUUUUUAUGUAAAUACGUAUUGUAUUUAUUUCGUAUUCAGUUAUGAGUGUGGUGCCAGCGUGCGUGCGUGCGCGUGCCCAGCGUGCUCGCCGGGUCGGUGCCAGGCCGAGUGCCAGCCGCCCGCGAGCCGCCGCCCGCGCCCAGGCUGCUGGGUCUCUUAUACAAACUUUACCGUGAUCCAAAGAAAGCUAUUGGAUAUGCCCAAAGAAGCUGCAUCGCGAGCACGCAAACUUGUGCCUUGGGUCAAUGGGCCGCAAGGACCAGCUUUGCGUGAGUGGUCCACACAUGCGCCUUCCUGUCAGAGAUUACCAGUGUCCGAUCUCAUCAACUCUGAACACCGUCUAUAUUUUUUUUAUUAUAUAUUUUUUUCCUUCUCAAACCUUGUGCUCCUGAGCAAAGUUAAUCUUCAACAUUCACAGUACAAAAUUUUUGUAACUAUUUAUAAACUUACUCAUUUAUUUAUUGUCAUACCUGAAGGUGUAUGGGCUCCAACGUUACAUGGUCACUCGGACUGCGGGGCGGCGGGGCGGGGGGGCGGGGGUGGGUGCGGCCCGGCUGCUCCCCCCCCUCCACGCUCCCUCCGACCCGCACUUUGUUAAGUUUGCUCACAAGCCCAUAUUGCCACUUUUCCCCAACAAUUGUACCGAGCACCCUGCCACCCCCACCCCCUCCCCACCAUGCCCCCUUUCCCCUCCUCCCCCUCCCCCCCCCCCAUCAACCCCCGCUCCCCCGUCCCGCAAUGUACUCCACCAAACAUCCCUCUGUUGUAUUUAUCAAGGAAAAUUGAGCUUCGUUGUGGAGACAAGGAUGACGUAUCCCGAUAUAUUGUGCUAAAUUUGGCUCUCCUGACCCAGUAGCUCUGCCUGCCACCCUCCACCUCCCUCCCCCGUCCCCUCCCCUCCCCCCCACUAUCUCUCUCUCUCUCC